AUGUCUCGAUCUUUUUAUGUUGAUUCCUUGAUCAUCAAAGACUCUUCAGUAAGACCAUCUCCCGUCUUGAACGACCACGGCCAAGACUUUCUAAUUCCUAUUAGCGUUCAUUCACCAACAAUGAUGUCCGUUUCUGGUCCCGUCUGUCCGUCCAGAAAGACGGGUACUUUCUGCGUCUGCCCCCUCUGUGUCACGUCCCAUAUUCACUCAUCUCGAAGUGGCAUCCCACUGCUGAAAAGCCAGUUCCCAAAUGGAGAUCCACAAUACUGUCAACGAAUUAACCAGCAGUCAAAUCCUGGGCUCGGGCAUCCACCUGUGUGCUCACCUACUUACAGCGUAACAGACCCCAGAAGAUAUCACUGUCUUUCCGUGGGUCCUGAAAACAACAAUCACUUACAAAACGGCAAGCGGAUGAGAACAGCCUUUACGAGUACACAACUCUUAGAGCUCGAGAGGGAGUUCGCCUCAAACAUGUAUCUGUCGAGGCUUCGCAGGAUUGAAAUUGCAACUUACCUGAACCUAUCCGAGAAGCAGGUGAAGAUCUGGUUCCAGAAUCGGCGCGUCAAGCACAAAAAAGAGGGCAAAGGGACCCCGCGGAACGCGCACAGCAUUUGUAAAUGUAGCAGCCAAGGUCACUGUUUGCGCUCCGAGGACGACGAAUCCCUCUCACCGAUAUCAUCUGGCAAAGAAGACAAAGAUAUGUCACCCGCAUAGUCAUCAGGAACAGAACUGCAACGUUUUAAAGUUUACAGCCAUUUGCAGUUCUACAUUCCUUCGACGUACCUAUCUUCUCAUUCGUUUAGCAUUUAAAAGAAAUUCCAAGUCGAGUUGUAUUUGCCUGC